GGCGGGAUUAGCUGUUCGGCGGGCGCGAAGUAGCUGCAGCUCCUUAUGUGGCUUAGCAACAAGCGCGUCACAGGAAGUGUUGUGUAUUUGUUAGCACUCUGCUGGUUUACAAGAGAAAUUGUGAUUACAUUUGGUUGAAACAACACCUUCGGCAUGGCAACUGCUCAGAUGCAUAGGAACAAAGUGAACUCUGUGGCCUUACCCAGUCGUGUAGCAACAGAGACUCAGUCGCUGAUUCUUGUGAAGAGGCUGCUUGCUGUCUCAGUGUCCUGUAUUACUUACUUGAGGGGCCUGUUUCCUGAAUAUGCCUAUGGAACACGAUAUCUAGAUGACAUCUGUGUAAAGAUCCUCAGGGAGGACAAGAGCUGCCCUGGUUCAACCCAGCUAGUAAAGUGGAUGUUAGGCUGCUAUGAUGCAUUACAGAAAAAAUAUCUUAGAAUGGUUAUGUUAGCUAUUUACACAGAUCCAGAAGAUCCACAGACUGUCACAGAAUGCUACCAGUUUAAAUUUAAAUACACUGCUAGUGGACCUGUCAUGGAUUUUGUCAGCAAUAAUAGCAACUCUGUUUCCACAUGUUCUGAUGCCAAGAAAACCAGCAUUCUGCUCAUCCGCAAGCUGUAUAUAUUGAUGCAAAAUCUGGGCCCUUUGCCUAAUGACGUCUGUCUCACAAUGAAGUUGUUUUAUUACGAUGAAGUUACUCCUGCAGACUACCAGCCUCCUGGUUUCAAGGAAGGGACCUGCGAGGGCUUGAUGUUUGAGGGGGAACCCAUGUACCUCAAUGUGGGUGAAGUUGCAACUCCUUUUCAUGUACUGAAAGUAAAGGUCACCACAGAAAAAGAAAGGAUGGAAAACAUUGAGAAGUCAAUAUUUAAGAAACAAGCAAGCAAACAGCCUCAGACGGAUGAAGAAAAACCGGACGUUUCAAUAAAUGAUGACUUGGCUCAAGAUAAUAACGGGGACCGAAAGAGAGAUGACAUCGAGACCCUGAAAGUGGAAGAUCUAAAUCUGACCUGUCAAGAGGAUGGAAACCUUCAGUCUGAUGACAGUCAAAACUCAGCACUUGCAGACUCUCAGAAGGAAAAAACAUCACAGGCAGCACCACCAGCCUUUGGGCGUAAAACAAGGUCUGGCAGGAUCUUUCAAAAGCCAGAUCUUGAAUUAAAAAAUCAGAAAGAAUCAGCCAGGGCUUCCAAAGGGAAUCAGCAAGUACGAAAGCCAGAGAAGAGGAGCCAGAGUUUUGAAAUCACUGGAAGUCAAGAAGACCCAGCUGUUGCAAAGAGAAGAAAGUUUAGUGAGCCAAGGACCCCUUUAAAUUAAUUCAAUUUGUUCUAUAAACUUUGUUCUCUACAGUGCGGUUUUGUGCAAAAACAAUACAGGUUGUAGUUACACUACCUAGUUUCAAGUUCUUUGCAGACAUAUGAAGAUAGUCCAGUGUUAAUCUAGAUCUUACAGACACACUGGGGCUCAUUUAUCAACACUGAGCAAAUUUGCCCAUGGGCAAUUACCCAUAACAACCAAUCAGUAAUUCGCUUUUUAAAGACAGCUGCAAGUAGAACAAUGAAUGCAGCAAUUUCAUUGUUUGCCAUGAGUUACUGCCCAUGGGCAGAUUUGCCCAGUGUUUAUAAAUGAGCCCCACUGUGUAAUGAACUUAAUUGAAAAACAACUCAAUAUUACAAGGCUUAUGUCACACUGAGCUCUUUCAUUAAAACAGCGUCAUUUCGGACAGAAACAUUCAAUGACAUUGACACACUUGUACAUAUGCUGCUAUACUUUCCUCAGUGCCCAGGAUUGUUUUUGGGGCUACCACACCUGAAUUUGUAGGACCUCAAAAACUAUGGAGCGCCAGCAGUCAGGUUAUUUCCAACAGCCUGACAUCCUAAAGUGCUCCUGAACUUGGGGCUUGGGCAGCUUUCACUCCAAAAAUAGUGCAAUUUGAAAAGAAAAUAACUAUUGCCUGGGUAUCGGUUCCUGAGAAUGAGACAGCAGCAAAUUUACAAAUGUGUCCAUAGCUGAUUGUACAUGAAAGUGCAGAGCUGCUUCUGAUUUACCGUAUGAAAUAGAAAUACAAAAAGUUUCCAUUAGGUCACAUUAAGUACAUUGUUAUGAAUGUUAUAUAAUUAGAUUAACUACAGUACUAUUUACUAUGCUAGGUAACAUCGGCUAGUACCCAACUGACUGAACUCAUAUCAAAAAAAGAGAGGAUUUUUUCCUGUAAAUUUAGAAAGAAAGUUCACCAGAAAACAAAUCUAUAUUUGUAAUGGGGUUAUCUAUAAGAAAAACAAAGGUGUGUAUGGAAACCAAUGUCAAAUAGAAACACUUAAUUCUAGGUGUUAAGUAUUAACACAAUUUUUAUGACCACAAUUUAAUCCACAGCAGAUUAAAUCCUACAAACAAAAGUCUCCCCUGGCAACAAAAAAAAACCAUAUCAAUUAAUUUGUAGUCAAUAUGACUCACGAUGAGUAUUUGGAAAGGAAUAAACAAAGAAAUGCAUUUUAUUACACGAAUAAAAGGUUGUAACUUAUAUGUUUUAUUAGCUAAUUGUAGAAUUAUUUUAGUGUUACUUCCCUGUUCUGUUACAGAUUCUGUUCAAGAAUUUAAUUCAGUAUUAAAAAAAAAAAAGUUCUUGAUUAAAAUAAUUUUCUUACUCUA